ACACACACACACACACACACACACACACACACACACACACACACACACACACACACAGAGGACCCUGACCUUCCUCUGAUUCAGCUAGAAGACUACAGAGUAUCGCUCUCUGGUUUUUUCACCAGCAGCCACAAUGAAGCUUAAGCUGCUCCUGCUGCUUCUUGUCUUCCUCUGUACCUUCAUCAUACCUGCACAGUUGUCAAAACCUGACCACCAUCCAAAGCAUGAAAAAGAGCAUAAGAAGGAGAAACCAGGAGAGAGACAUGGCAAUAAACACGGAAAGCGACGGGGGCGAGUAGAGGACCUGCUGGCUGACUACGAUAAUGACAGCAGUGAUGAUGAGGAUGAUGAAGACAGGGGCGAAUGGCUAUUUCAACUUCAAAAUGUCAGAGGGACCUGCAGCCCGAAUCCAUGCCUCAACAACGGAGUGUGUGAGGAAAAGAAAGGCAGAUACAAGUGCAAGUGUCCCAAACCUUUCAGAGGCAGGAGAUGUGAGAAAAGUACAAAGGCAUGCAAGAAGGACACAUGUGGAUACGGUCAGUGUGUUCUUACAUCAAGUCCACCGUUCUUCGAGUGCAAGUGUAAAGCACCGUUCCUACCCCCCAACUGCAAAAAAAUUGCCCCAUGCGAAAGGAACCCGUGUCGAAAUGGAGGAACCUGUCAGAAAGACGGUCAAGACUUUGACUGUAUCUGCUUGAAAGGUUUUUCUGGAAAAUUCUGUCAGGUUGGCCCGAAUGACUGCUAUGAAGGAAAUGGUGAGUCCUACAGAGGGAUGGUAUCAGAGACAGAGGAUGGAGAUGAUUGUCUUUUCUGGAAUUAUUAUUUUCUCGUGACUAAAGGAACAAACCCGUUCACUGCAUCCAACGACCAUCAUGGUCUGGGUCCUCACAACUUAUGCAGAAAUCCAGAUGGCGAUUCAAAGCCAUGGUGCUUCAUACGAUCAGGAAAUAAGAUAAGAUGGGAUCAUUGUAAUGUGACGAAAUGUCCUACCGAUCCCAUGACCACUGCCCCUCCAAGACCGAGGCCCACUCUAAAACCCCAACUACCGGAUUCUUCAGAAAGUCACAUUAAUGAAAGCACAACAACAGGACAUGACACUGCAGAAAACCACACAACAGCAAGUAAUGCUUCCGGAAGCACCAUAACAGGAAACAAUGCCACUGGAAGCCUGAUCCAUAUAGACGAUGAUAAUGAAACCCACACCCAAGAAAUCAUUACAGAAACUAUGACAGCAAAACCCACCAUCCUUCCUCUGCAGACACAGUUUACAACAUGCGGCAAACCCCAACCAAAAAGAGCAAUACAUCGUAUUUAUGGGGGUAUUAAGGCACUUCCUGGUGGCCAGCCAUGGCAGGCUUCAGUUCAGGUCAGACCCAAAGGUACAACCUUGCCCUUCAGACAUGUUUGUGGAGGCACUCUCAUUAAACCAUGCUGGGUGCUGACUGCAGGACAUUGUAUUGACCCCAGCAAAGAUUUCCAGGUCGUUCUGGGAACUAUUGAUUUGGCGAAGCCUGAGGCGUCACGGCAAACGCUGGAGGUUGCACAGACCAUUGUCCAUGAGCAAUACAGACAGACACCUGAGUCGGUUUACAAUGACAUCGCUCUGCUUAGGCUCAAAGCUCGAAAUGGCAAGUGUGCAGAGGAGAGCCAGUUUGUAAAGACAGCCUGCUUGCCCGCUGUAGAUUUUCACGACGGAACCGAGUGCAGUAUCUCUGGAUGGGGAGCCACUUCUGAAUCACAACAUGGCUCCAAUCAGUUGCUGGAUGCUGACGUGUUGCUGAUUUCCCAGGACGUUUGCUCCAGCCUUAGAGUGUAUGGGAAAGACAUAGAUAACAAUAUGUUCUGUGCUGGUUACCUGGAGGGUGGAGUGGACUCGUGUCAGGGUGACUCUGGAGGGCCUUUGACCUGUGUGGAAAAUCAGGUGCACUAUAUCUACGGCAUCGUUAGCUGGGGUGACCAGUGUGGAUUGAAGAACAAGCCCGGGGUAUAUACUCGGGUCAAAAACUUCGUGGAAUGGAUCAACAGGAAAACAGCUACUGCGGGUGUAUGAAUUCUCAGAGUGUUAGAAAAGCGUUGAUAAAAUAAAGGCGGUAUUAGGUUUUAAAUAUGGAAUAAUCAAUUUUUAGGUGCAGAAAUUUACGACACAACUAAAGGGGCUAUGGUAUAAUUCAUUCUCAGAAGAAUGUUCACUGAGAACAUUGAGCUGUGGAAGUGAGUUUUCCUUCCAGAAACUGGUUAUCAGAACAAUAAAUAAAUAAAUAAAUAAAUAAAUAAAUAAAUAAAUAAAUAAAU